ACUAAAAUUAACCUUGUUUCACGUUUGUAAAAAAAAAAAUUUCGAGACGACCUCGUUAACCCUUAUUCAUCACCGAGUGUCAAUCCAUAACAAGCCAUUAACGCUUCAUUACAGCCUCAACUCUAAAAGCCCUUCGAUUACCACGUUUUCACAUCGUUAAAAAGUUUCGAUUCUGUUUAAAAAAAAGUCGACAAAGAAGAGAAAGCGAAACUUUGUCGGCGCACAACAGUCAGCAGUUCUCGGUUAAGGCUGUAGGUAGAGGGUGGUCUUCAUUAUGGUCAAGUUUAGUGUUUCGCCUGCACUUCAGCGGUUAUGUCGCAAAUGUCGAGAUUUCCUCAGGUGUCUGUGGGGUUUUAUCUGCAGAUGGUGCUCGAGACUGACGCAAUGUGUAGGCACUGCGUUCGGCUGGCGACGUGCUGGCGGAGAAACGAACGACGGCGCGAUCCGCGGCGAAGACGACUUUCUGCGCCCCGGCGCUUCCGGGGAGAACGAAGGCAGGGAGCGCGAUCCAGCCGCCGACAGCUCCGGCAUCAGUGAGGAUGAUGAGAGUAAAGAUGACCUUAGCGACGAAGACCAUGACGUUGGCCCCCUGGAUGAGUUGUACUGUGAGUACGAUUCAACCUGGGAGGAGGAGGAAGUGCACGAGAAGAGGAAGAAGACCAGGUGUUCUGCGCCGGUCACGAGUUACAAGUUUAGAAGAUUUGUAAGUGCUGCAAAAGACAUGCAAAACUACAGGCAUGGUUAUCCAGCAAAUACACAGUACGCUGGUCAUUCUGACGGUGACAUGACGAACUUGGAAUUCUACCUUGGAAGAAGGCCGUCGCUGCCUGAUGAGAUGUACAUACACGAUUUCCACAAUUGGUUUGAGAACUAUGAUGCACUAGAGUCUGUACACACAUAUAUUCAAUGGUUGUUUCCUCUCCAAGAACCUGGAAUGAACUCCUCUGCAAGAACAUUGACAAAGGCAGAAAUACAGGAGUUUUGCAAAAGUAACACUGCAACAGCAAAUCUACUGGAGUCGUACAAGCUUAUGUUGAACUUCUACGGCAUCAGAUUGUGUGAUGAGAACACAGGAGAAGUGGAGAGAGCUGCACACUGGAAAGAGAGAUUUGACAACCUGAACAGUCACACUCACAACAGCCUGCGCAUCACCCGCAUCCUGAAGUGCCUGGGAACCCUGGGGUACCCUCACUAUCAGUCUCCUUUGGUUCACUUCUUCCUGAAGGAAACUCUUGAAAACAGAAACCUGCCACGCAUCAGGGACAGCGUCCUCAACUACUUUGUGUUCGCCGUCCUCGAUAAGAAGCAACGCCAGAGCCUAAUCGAGUUUGCCUUUGAUAGAUACGAGCCUAAAGAUGACUUUGUGUGGUGCCCAAAGUAUAUACAGACCAAGUGGCUGAGGGAUUUAAUGUCAAACAGGAAGCAAGUUCACAGCACUGAUGAUUUAGGCGUAGACCAUGAUGACUAAGCCCAACAGUGGGCUACUCCUCCAUCAUCAGCUGAUGGAGGACAAACGCGCAUAAUUACCUAGUGCAGGUUUGACAGAUUCAUGAAGGAGUGGUUCAUUGUUUAGUAAUAUAUAACUUUAGACACAUUCCAGGAGAGUCCAUGUGCAUGUGAAGUUCCAUUACACUGAUUUUUUUUAUUUUACUUAACUUAAUCUAAAUGAAAAUGUCUUACACAAAUAGUGCAAUUGUAACAUGAGUGCUCCUGUUAUGAGGUCAAUAUAGGUGGGGUUAGAAGAGUUUUAUUUAGUUAUUGUCUUAACAUUUACAUGCAGCUUUCUUUUUCAGUAUGUUUACAUCAUUCUAUUGUCUGUUCCUGGUUGUCAAUAUGAUUACAGAUAUGCAAUAGGAUCCAUGUUAGACACAUACUUGACUAUGCAUGAGUUAAGUUGCGGAAAAGACUGCAGUAGAUUUGUAUUUGGGAAUUUUUUCACCGAAAUGGUGGACAUAGAGUACUGCUAAACAUUUAUUUGCACUGAGGUAAACUUCUCAACAUUUUCUUCGUGGGUGUUAUGUUUGAAGGUUUUUUUGCCUGUCACAGGACUCAGAUUCCCUAAAAGCUUUAUUGUUUGUUGUUGGAAUGAUUCCCAAGGGAAUUAAUUUAUUCCCUUCUGGUUAAAAUAAAUCUUACAAAAUACACUUAGUGCUUAGGUCUGUAUUAUGUAUUUCAAAUGGCAUAAACAUACAAUCCAAUUUUGUGACAUCUCCUUGCUACUCUUUUGUGUGUCUAACAGUGCUGCAUAACAAAUUUACACUGGCAUAUCCUAUCAAAAUGAAUUUCUUUGCACCAACAGUGAGGCUUGUAAAGAACGUUCACAACCCCACUUAACAUAUUUUAUACAAAUCUGUACUGUGCGUACUGAAAAAUACAAAUAUCAGCAAAUUGGUUUAUUUACUUGAGCUGGAACAAACUCACGACAUUUCAAUAACCAGUGACGGGUGUGGACUGUACACAGCCGGAGCUUUUUCAUCAAACAAUGUUGAACAUAUAAACACAAGUGUGUUGCCUCUAGGUUCACAUUAUCUGUCCCAGAUAUAUGGCUUUUAUUUACUCUACUUAGAAAAGUAUGAUUAAAAACAUUAUUUACACAAAUAUAUUCAUAGGUACAUGUUACACUUGUUAAUCAGUGACAUUAUUGUUUUUUUUUUUUU